AUGGAGCUCAACUCAUCCGCCGUUAUUUUGACGUUCCGUCGUCGUAUGUUAUCUUUCAAGAAUGCACAAGAGUCAAGUAAAUUUGGACCAUUUUCAGAUCAGAUGGAUCCUUCAUCUGGAGGUAUUGCCUCAUCGGAACAAAGUAUGCUUCUUGGAAGUCACGAUCUCCUGGCCGAGUACGAUAUGAGUUCGGCGUACCAUCGUUUCUGCGGAUCGAAGAAGAUGCGUGAAGAUUUGAAUUCAUUUCUACCACAUCUCGUCGGAAAUUUUAAUUUUGAUUCAUCACUCGAAUUUAGAUAUUUCGAUAAACACGCCGAUGAUCAUUUGGAUAAUGGUGCGAAUUUGGAUGAGAAUGGCGAUGAGAGUAAACGACGAAAGAAAUUCAAACGUAGUCUUGAUGAUUUAGAUGAUUUGGAUAUGGAACGAAAGUAUAAACGGCAUCGCGGUGAUGAUAAAGACAAAAGGCAGAAGAAGAAAAAGAAAGAUAAGAAGAAAAAGAAGGAUCAAAAAGAGGACGAUCCAAACAAAAAGGCGAAAAAAAUGUUCUGA